AUGACAGAGAGACAUAUCCCCUUCAGCCUGCUCCGCACCCCCAGCUGGGACCCCUUCCGUGACUGUUACCAGGGCAGCCGGCUCUUUGACCAGGCCUUCGGCAUGCCGGCCCUCCCUGAGGAGUUCCCCACCUUCCCCAGCACCCACUGGCCCGGCUACAUUCGCCCAUCUGUCCUUAGCCCUGACAUGUCCACUGCUGGAUUCAUACCCUCCAUGAUGCCCCAGAGCCCUGUGAUGUCCCCCCUGCAUAGUGCCAUGAUGCAGGCUGCCAUGAUGCCCCAGGCCGCGGUGAUUCCCCAGGCCCCCAUGAUGGCUCAGGCUGGGGCAGCAUCGUACGCCCUUGCCCUCUCCCGCCAGCUCAGCUCUGGCAUGUCUGAGAUCAAGCAGACCCAGGAGACCUGGAAGGUCACUCUGGACGUCAACCACUUCUCCCCUGAGGAGCUGGUGAUCAAGACCAAGGAUGGUGUGGUGGAGAUCACUGGCAAGCAUGAGGAGAGGAAGGACGAACAUGGAUUCGUGUCCAGAUGCUUCACCAGGAAAUACACCCUGCCCCCUAUGGCCGACGCUGAGAAGGUGACGUCCACCCUGUCCUCUGAGGGAGUUCUGACCGUGGAGGCUCCUCUGAACAAGCAGGCCAUCAAGGCUGCAGAGAUCUCCAUUCCUGUCAUCAUGGGCAGCAGCAAGACCAAAACCCUGACGACAUGA